AUGGUGGGCAUUAAUUGCGUGUUUGCAUUUCUCCUGAAUAUUCCAGAUACGCCAAACCCAAGAAGCCGCAUGGCAGUAGUAGGGAAUAGGCCCCAGGAUAACUAUAUGCUUUUUCACAUGACACAAGGACAGGAAUUUCCCGUCCUUACGACGAAAGAAAUUUUUAUGAUGCCAUACAGAAAGUCGAGAAAGAAUACAUUGCUAACAUCCUACUGUUCAUUUACUCUUGGUUUAUCUAGGAUCUUCCAAUCCUUUGAAGAGCAGCUUAGUAGGGUGAAAAAGAUUGAGGACUUAGAUUUUAAAAGAAGCGGUGAUGGAUAUGAAUUGUGUAAAAAAACAAUAUGGGAAUGGUGGGAGACGAAGAAACUAACCGAGAAAAACAAAAUCAACCCAAUCGGAAUGGAUAUACUCGUAACACAAAGAAUAUGCUCACCAUCACAGAUUACAAGAUUAGGCCGUGAAGACAAGCUACGGCUCAUUGGAGAUUACAAUUGCUUUGCACCAUACCUGACUAGACAUGUGCCUGUUAUCAAUGCGGAUUUGCGUUUAAAAUUGAAGGAUAUUGUCUGGGGAUCUCAAGCAUUUAUCGGGAAAGGCAAAGGGCCAGCGCACGCACUUGUAUGGUAUCAAGGAAAUCUUCAUGUUUUCCAGUGGAGAGAAAGAAAUGCCAGUCGGUGGUAUCUUGUCACUAAGAUCGGCACAGAGAAUAAAAACGGAAAAGCAAUAUUUGAACUUGUCAUGGACAAUUCCAAGAAAUUAAUAAUCGUGCAAAACAAACUGGAAAAACAUGAGAUGGGCAGUCCUCCGGAGAGCUAUAAAUCCAAUAUUCAACUAGCUUGGAAGCAUAUACUUCAGAUACAUAGUGCAAUAGAUACUUCAGAUAAUCGAUUUGAUACUUUAAGAAUGGAAAGGGUAGAUGGGAAGGUAGCAUGCUUCGAAAAAGACUUAACGAGUUGA